ACUCCCGCGUCUACUCCUGGUUCUACGCCCAUUCAGCCUCUUCAUAAUCCCAAACACGCUGCCCAUGUUGCUGUUCCGCAAGCACCGCUGGGAAACGCUACCAAUGGACUGAUGAAUCAAGCCGGAAUGGGGGCAAAAGCGCUACUAGCAAAGAGGAUGGCGAAGACGCAAAAUCCUACAUAUACUUCCCCCACAGACAAUCUCAUGACUCCGUGCACCCAGAAGAUCAGCGCUGCAAAGAAGAAGCAUUUUACCAAGUAUGCAACUCCA